CUCUUCGCCGGCUCCUCUUCUUCGCCGCCGCGUUGUCCUCGAGCUGAUCACUGAACUUCCUCCUCGAGCUGAUCACUACGCCUCCUCGAGCCACCUCCUCGGCUCCUUCUGUUCGCAGCCUCUUCCUCUUCCUCGCCAGCCCUCUUCUUCUCUUUUCAAGUACACGGAUUUUGGGGGCCAAACUCCUGUCUCUCUCUUGAGUUGGAUUCGGCGAUUACACCUGGCUCACAGCCCAACUUAAAAUUUAUAAGGUCGGUCCACAACCAAACCCAAAGCCUCUCUGCCUUGCUCCCGAAGCCAUCAGUCGAUUUCAUUCAGAUGCCUUUCUUCUUCUCUUCAUAGAACCCACAAUCUGUGAACGCUCAAUCUCUCGUCUAUCUCCUCUCUUUCUCUCUCUCUCGGUAAUGGAGAGCUAGGGCAUCGUUCUCUUCAUCCAUAGCCAUGUUCGAAGGGUUCGUAAGCCAAGUCCUUUUGGGCUAUCUCGGCCGAUACGUCAAGGGUAUUCAAAAGGAUCAGCUCAAAAUCGGAUUAUGGAGAGAAGAAGUAUUACUGGAGAAUGUGGAACUAAUUCUCGAAGCUUUCGACUAUCUACAGCUUCCUUUUGCCCUAAAGACUGGGAAAGUUGGUAAGUUAAGCAUCAAAGUGCCAUGGAAGAAACUUGGAUGGGAGCCUAUCAUCGUUGCAUUGGAGGAUGUUUUUAUAUGUGCAUGCCAGCGAGAGGAGGAUGAGUGGAGUUCAGAUUCUGUGGAGAGAAGAGAAUUAGCUGGCAAAAUGGCCAAACUUAACGCAAUAGAACUAGCUAAGUUUUCAAGACGCGUAUCUGAUAAUCCAGCUGGUCAGUCAUUUCUUUCAUACAUUUAUGCAAAGAUUCUUGACAACAUACAAGUUUCAAUAAAGAAUGUCCGUAUCAUAUAUAAUGAUUCUCAUAAUAACAAGGGAAAUUUCGUAUUUGGUUUAAGAUUUUCCAUUCUUACAAUGACGACUGAUAAUCAGAAGCAGAGUUCUUCAAUGUCUGUUGGGAGAUUGAGAAGUGGCCAAGUAAAUAAAAGUGUAGAGAUAUCAAAUAUUUGGCUCUAUUGUAAUUUGUUGGAAGACAGUCCUGGACUGUUGGGCGUUGAUGGGACUGCUGGCUCACAAUUGUCCUGUGAUUUAAAUAUAGAGUCUGAGAGAUAUGACUAUCUCAUAAAUCCAUUUGAUGUGUCAAUUUCGCUGCUGGUAAACAAAACUGGAAAGCUUGAUGGUGGACCUCAAUAUGCCCUUAUUGCGGAGCUUACUAACUUGGUUGUGUCUCUGAAUGAAAAUCAGUUACAACAAAUUCUAAGUUUCUGGGACUACCUCUCCAUAUGCGCACUCAGAGAAAAGUAUGGACGUUAUAGGCCACCUCAGGACUCUCUAUCCCAGAAGUUGAAUGGAUGGCAAAGAAUGUGGUGGCGAUAUGCGUUGGAAUCCGUUUUAGCAGAUGUUCGUAAGAAGUUGAAGAAGACUUCUUGGAGCAACUUUGGGAGACGAAUAAGCCAAUGUAGGCGAUAUGUCAAUUUGUAUAAAAGAAAAUUGGAACUGCUUCAGCAAGAACAGCUCAUUAACAAAGAUAUUCUGACUGAGCUGGAGAAGAUGGACAAAGAAUGCGAUAUUGAUGAUAUCCUAAAUUUCAGGUGUCUAGCAGAGCAAGAAUUACAGGAUCUUUUGAGCUCAAGAUCUUCUAACAUGUCAACAAAUGAUUAUGUACAUUAUCAAGCAAAACAACAUAGUACUGACCAAUUAGCCAACAGAGAACGUGGUUGGCUAAAUUGGUUGUCCCUUGGCAUGCUAGGAGCUGGUGGAACAGCUGACUCCAGUUCAUUUGCUGGUGUCAUAACUGAUGAGAUCAUAAAGGAUAUAUAUGAUGCUACUGAGUUUCAUCCGAUGCCUUCUUCUGGUGGGGAUUCCUCAGAAAGUGAUAAACUUUGUUCAUUUUCUAUCAAGCUCAACAUUUGUCAAAUUCUGUUUACAAUUAGCACAAGGAAGCUUAAUAGGACUAUUGCUAAUGCAAUACUUGAUGGGAUCGAUUUUGAAUCUAAAGUGUGGGAAGAUUCCGUUUCCGUUCUUGCUGCCAUAGGGUCGGUGAAGAUAAUCAACCCUUGUGAUGAUCUACUUGUGUUAAAGGCUGAGGCCGUCUUUGAGGAGAAUUCACCAUUGCAUACAGUCCCCUUUUUGGACAUUCAAGUUAAUCUGCUACAGCCAAAGCAAGCUUCUGAAAUUUCAGUGAAGGUUAUGUUACAACCGUUUGAAGUUACUUGUGGACCAGGUUUCUUUUUGGACCUACUACACUUUUAUAAUAUUAUGGCAUCUUUCCAGUUGCAGCAAGACAGGGUUCUACAUUCACUGAAUGGGCUUAGAAGUUUCCCGGCUAGAUUGCUAUCAAAAACUGAGUACAUGCUAUUUAAUCGUAAGAAGGUAAACUGGGAUGUCACUUUCAUGAAUGUUGUCAUAAAGCUUCCCUUCAGAAGUGAAAUCUUAGACAAUCCAAUCAUGUACUUGGAAUUGGGAAGUCUUUUCUUCAAAUCCAGAUAUAAGAUGGAAACUGGUCAGGAAAUGCUAGAUAAUUUCCAUUGCUAUGACCAUGUAUAUGAGGGAUGUUUUAAGAACUCCAUGGAUGAUGUACCACUAGUUGCCGAACUUCAAUCUCUCUAUAAUCAUUAUACCAUUGAGUUGACUGAGUUUGAGGUACGUGUGCCUGCUUCCAAUAUAUGUGGUGCAACUUCCAUUAUUGAAAAACUUAAUGCAAAUAUCGGAUUCAGGCUUUGCAUGUUUUUUGACGAGCCAACAUUGAAAGCUUUGGAGGUUGACUGUAUUCUGCCUUCAGUCAGAAUGCAAAUUUCUCCAGCUGCUGUCCAUGCAUUGGUUGGAGUUCGUGAUAAAUUGUUACUGCAAGAAAGUGAAGGUGUGGCUACAACUGUCUCAGAUGGUUUUGAAAAGUUCAAACCAGAUGACUGUUAUUGUUUUCGGUUUUUUGUAUCUGUAAAGUUGGAUCAGUUGAGCUUGGGUAUUAUCCUUGAAGAAGAUGCACCAGAUAGUCCCCUUGUCUCCUUUUUCCUAAAGAGUAUUGACUUUAAGUACAUUAUGCAAGAAGAUCCAGAAUGUCAUUUCUAUGUUAAGUUCUUGAAAGCUGAAGAGUUAAAACUAAAAGGUGAAUCUACAGCAUUCAUCUUAUGCUCAUUAAGAGAUGAAUAUUGUAGUACCUCAUCUGGACAUUUUGAACAAGUUGGUCCCUGCUCACCAAGUGUCACAUGUAGUGAAGAUUCUCCAGGUGAAGGUUGUUUUAAAUUUAAGUAUUAUGUUAGGAGUGAUGGUUGUAAAAUUCAGCAUGAAUGCAGUGUUUUCUUAAACGCUGUUGAUCUUCAUAUCCAUCCGAGAAUUUUUGGGUAUCUGCAUGGGUUUUAUAGCAAAGUAAGCAAACAGUCUUUUUCUUCAGCUAAGUCCUUCAACCUGAAUCAACAAGAAGAUACUGAAACAUUUGAUAUUGAAUUGUCAAAGUCUGGCUUCUCUGACUUCUAUGAUACCGAUCCAACUACUUAUUCUAGUAAUCGCGUGGACCACUUUCCAUUUGUGAAUAUUUACAAUUCAGGUUCUCUAAGUUGCCUCGAAGGCUCACUAAUAGGUUGUGUUCCCAAGUUGCCGAGCUCCUAUGUAAAUGACAGGCAUCAGAGAAUCCAGACAUUCAAGUUUCAGAAGAAACGUAGAACUUAUAGCUAUGCAACAGUGGAAUCCCCUAGCAGCACUGGAACAGUCAGUAUGGAAAGGGAUUCUUGCACUGUUAACAUGUUCCUCCUGGAUAUUAGUAUCAGUAACUUGCGUGUUCACUUUCAUGAUUCUUCUUGCAUUUUAGGAACAAUCACUCUCUCUAAAUGUGGGUCUUCCAUUAUAUCCCAAGAUAGUGACGGUUGGGAUGCACGGAUCUGUACAGACGGUGUCAUGCUUUCUUCAUCUUGGUCUCCACCUAGCAUCCAUGAUCAACUAUGGUCUCCAGCGUUGCCUAGUGUUUCACCUGCCUUAAAUAUCCGUUUGAGGAAAAAAAGGACAGGUACGUUGUCUUCAAUGACGGAGGUAAGUUUCGGGGUUCAGUAUAUUUGCUGCAUUCUACCAUCAUCAUUCCUGGCGAUGAUGAUUGGUUACUUCUCGUUGCCUGAUUGGACAUCUAAGGGAAAUGAAGAUGUCAUCAAUCAAUGCGCCAGUGAAAUCGAUGACUUCGAAAAUGUUCAAAGCUGUAGUUCUGCUUUCUUGUAUAAAUUUGAGAUACUUCAUUCCAGACUGAUUUUACCGGUAGAAAGUCAACCAAAUUUUUGUUUACAGCUUGGACUUUCUCAGCUAUACUUCGCUUCUACUCUUAUGAGCAGUAUAGUAGAUGCUGAUAAGGAUAUUCCUUCAAGCUGCGCGAUUCCAAGCCAUCUAACUGCUGAUAAACUUGACAUUAUCAAUCUUUUUGGUAGAAAUCUGUCUCUAUCAUUAAUACCACUCAAGGGAGAUGCUGGUUUCCUGUUGAAAGCAGAUGAAUAUAGCCGUAUUGCAAAUGUCCCUCUUAUUGAGCAGCUAGAUGCUGAUCUCUGGGUUAGGAUACCUUGCACAACUAACACAUGUCCUGAGCAGUCUGCUUUGCCAACUUCGAUUAUGAUGAGAGUGUGUGUUUGUAACUUGAUUGCAGAAGACAGGCACCUUGUCCUAGGAAUCCGGGCUAUUAGAAGUGUCAUUGAGGAGCUUUCCUCUAUUGGUGAAGAAUCCAAAUUCUUCAGUUCCGAUGUCCUGCAGUUUUUGCAGAUUAGGAAGACCCUGAAAGAGGCCAAAGCAGUUACCCUUGACACCUCAAAUAGGACUCUUAUGAAUAUAAAGCUCUGUGCAGAUACAAUCUCAAUUAGAUUCUCUCGCUUCUGGAUAGAAGAGUCUGCAUCAGAAAUGAUGGCAAAAAUAAAUUUGCAGCUUAAUGUUUCUGCAUCAUUGGAGAAGGGAGUUUUGCGAUUCUUGGAUAUCGAUAUUCCUUGUCUACUUCUGCAUUCAAUUAACACUAAUCGUCCAUUGGCAUCAUUUGUCUCCGAUAGUUCAUUGAUUUCUCAUCUUCAUAUUAACUUCUCUGAAUCUGAUUGUGGCAAGAAAGAACUUUUAUUUUCAAUACCUUUUCUUGAUGUUUGGUUACAUUUGUCAGAGUGGAAUAAUUUUAUUGAUGUUCUUUCAUCAUAUAGUAAAUUUGAUAGUGCUUCAAAUUCAUCUGCUGCAAAUCCGGAAUCAAUAUAUGAUGGUGACCCUGGAUCUCAAGUGUUCAAUAGUUCUGCCUCAGAGGAUGUGAUGGAGGAAGACAUUAUUCUGAUUAUAAAAUCUGAGAACUCUGCAAUUGCACUUCAUUUACCCUUCUGGGACAAGGAAGAACAUCUUGGUGAUCCCAAAAUAGAUGAAGUAUCCAAGCGUUGCAAGUAUGUAAACUUUUCUCUUCAAAGUAGAUGUUGUGAAUUUACUAUAGGCAAAACAUGGGUGAAAUUGCAAUUUAAUAUGGAAAAAGUGAGAGCAAUAUUGGAGAUGGUCCAUGACCAGAAUAUUAGUUCCAUGCCAUUCAUACUGAUUUCUCAAAUUAAAUUAGAAACCAAUGGACAGAAAAGACAAGGGGAGCUGAUGCAUUUCAGUACUGAAGUUCAUGUAGAAUCUGUUGAUGUUGGACUUUCAUAUCAGAUAUUCAAUUUUUGGAGUAACAGUGAACUCCAACUUCCUGAAAGAUCAUCGUCACCAUUUCCAUGUCAUUGCAUAGUUUGCCAUGUUCAUUUGCGGAAAGGCUCGCUGCUGUUAAGUGAUGGAAGGUUGAGCUACCAUGGACCUAUAUUUGAGAUGUUGACAAAUAAUAUGUUGGUGGAAUUCAAGCAAACACAGGAUAUCUUGGAGGGUUCUGCCAGUGCUGACGUUAUAAUUAACUACAAUAACAUUGACAAGGUUAUGUGGGAACCAUUUGUCGAGCCCUGCCACUUUAAGCUAAACUUGGUACGAAAGUUUGUCGGAACAGUUCUCUUGAACACAUCUGCAAAUACUAAUGUAUAUCUGGAAUCAAUUGAGCAUCUUAACUUGAAUAUUACGGAGCCAGUCAUUGAGGCCAUUUUCAGAGCAAAGCAAAUGAUUGCUGAUGCACUAAAGCAAUUGGAAGCAGCUGAACUUCGAGGAAUAUUGGGAUUUCAUUCAACUGAGGACGUUCAUACCAGAAGAUACGCCCCAUAUAUUCUUCAAAAUGACACAUCAUUGCCUUUGACAUUUCAUGUUUCUCGUGGUUCCAUCAGUACAGAUGAUACUCAUGGCUCCUUAAGGAAUCAUCAAAAUAUUGUCGAACCAGGUUACACAGUUCCAAUUUAUGUUGAAGAAACAGCUGAUGAACAAUAUUUUCGACAUGGCACAGCUUAUUCUUCUGAGCGACUUAUAGAGAAAAAAGUAAAUGCUCUCUCACAUCAUAUGAUAUCCAUUCACCUUGAAGGAACUACUGGUCCCUCUAAACCCAUGUCAAUGGACCUUGUGGGCCUUAGUUGCUUUGAGGUUAACUUCUCCAAUGAUAAGCAAUCAGAGGUGAUAGAGAAUGAAAGGGGAAAUGAUACCUCGGGGUUCAAUAGAAUGACGGGGAGAUAUAGGAGUGAUCAAAAUAAGGGAUUAGUUGUUCCUGUUGUUUUUGAGGUUUCAAUGCAGCACUAUAGCAAGAUGAUAAGAUUGUAUUCAACGGUCAUACUCUUCAAUUCAACAUCAAUGCCUCUGGAGUUACGCUUUGAUAUUCCGUUCGGAGUUUCUUCUAAGAUCUUAGAUCCUAUUCUUCCUGGAGAAGACAUUCCACUGCCACUUCAUUUGGCUGAGGCUGGUCGAAUGAGAUGGCGUCCAGUAGGCAAUAGUUAUUUGUGGAGCGAAGCCCACUCACUAUUGAACAUACUCUCCCAAGAAUAUAAGCUUGGAUUCUUGAGAUCAUUUGUGUGCUAUCCUGCCCAGCCUACCAGUGAUCCUUUCCGCUGUUGCAUAUCCGUUCAAGAUUAUAGCCUGUCUCCAUCAGGCGGACCAAGAAAACAUUCGUCCCUUGGCAGUCAGCGAAUCAGGAGGGAAACAGUCAACCAUGUUAAUGAAGGAAUACUUGAACCUGGCAUAACAAAGAAGCAUCUUAUACGUGAAAUUAGAUUGACGACUCCGUUUGUGGUGCAUAACUACCUUCCGCUAGGCCUAUCUUUGAUGGUAGAAAGCAGUGGAGUCGCACAUUCUAUUUCUGUGAAAGAGGCAGACGUUGCUUCUGUUUUUCAUGUUGAUUCUACAAAUGACCUUGGCGUCACAUUACACAUGCAAGGAUACAUGCCUAUUGGUGUAAAAUUUCCUCGGGUAGAAGCGUUUUCUUCUACGGCCAAGUUAAAUGGAUUGAAGUACUAUUUAUCCGAGACUCUGGCCCUUUUUCCUGAAACCUCUAGUGGGCCUACCUAUGUCACUGUUGAGAAAGUAAUGGAUGUAUUCUCUGGUGCUCGAGAAAUUUUCCUCUAUGUUUCAUUUUUGUUGUAUAACUGCACUGGUUUGACACUGUCUAUUGUUGAUGGUAACCAUGAAGGUAAGGGAACUGCUGAAAUUAUUCCCUCCAGUUACCAUUUGAUUGAAGAUGAAUAUCUCUUAUCUGGAAAACAAGGCAUUCCUCUUAUAUCUUCUGGAUCAGAGUCUUCUGCUGGCGCCUUAGGUGUUAAUAGUCAUACUAUAUCUAUUCGAGAGAAAUCUAGUUUGCAUCUGCAUAAGCUUUUGACUAGGCACUUCCCUUUCCCAUUUACUUAUAGGCAUUACCGUGACUAUUCUAGCAGUAGUUAUCCGGAUUCUGCGGUGACCUCUGUUUCCAGUUCUGUAAAUGGUUGGCCUACGAAGAGAUUAUUACAUUAUUCAAGGAAUAGUGAAAAAAAAGAUGUGGUUAAUGAAAAUCACCACACACAAAUUGCAUCCGGUGGAGAGGUGAAGCCAUUUAUGUAUUGCCCUCUUGGACAUAUUCCUGCAUCUGUACUUAUUGUUAAAUUGUGCGCACAUAUGCCUCAAUGCAUUAGUGGAAAUGUUUUGUGCCCAACUUGGUCAAGUCCAUUUCCCCUUGUGCCGGAAAGUGGUUCGGCUAAUGUUGUUAUUCCUAAACCAAAUGGGUCUGGUGCAUUCUUGAUUUCUGCAUCAUCUAUUCCUGUUGAGGGAGAACUAUCAGGAAGGACAAGGGCUAUCACUUUUCAACCCAGAUAUGUCAUUUGCAAUGCAUGCAACCAAGAGUUAUGCUACAAGCAGAAAGGAACUAAUGAAUUUUAUAGAUUGGGCGUUGGGCAGCAUUCUCAUCUUCAUUGGUCGGAUACAUCAAGAGAGCUCUGCGUAUCCAUUCGAUUUAACACACCUGGGUGGCAAUGGUCAGGGAGUUUUCUUCCUGAUUAUUUUGGAGAUGUUCAAGUUAAAAUGCGUAACUAUGUCUCUGAGACAUCACAUAUGGUUCGAGUUGAAGUUCAAAAUGCUGAUUUGGCCAUCAGGGGCAAGAAGAUCAAGACUGCCGGUGCAACUUCUUCAACCCAAUUGAUUAUUAUAUCUGAUGACAAGAGUGGGUUUAUGCCUUACAGGAUAGACAAUUUCUCUAUGGAGAGGUUACGGGUCUACCAGCAAAGGUGUGAAUUCUUUGAAACCACUGUACAUGCUUACACAUCUGCGCAUUAUGCCUGGGAUGAACCUUGUUACCCACAUCGUCUUGUUGUUGAAGUCCCUGGGGAGCGGAUUUUAGGAACCUACACUCUUGACAGCGAACAGGAAUACCUGCCAAUAUAUUUACCGACAACAUCUGAGAAAGCUGAAAGAAGACUCUAUGUGUCGGUACAUGCAGAAGGAGCAAUUAAGGUGCUCAGAAUUAUAGAUUCAAGUUAUCACAUAAUAAAAGACGUGAAAGAAACUGGUUUGCUUGGAUUAAAAGAGAAAAAGAAUGCUCAUCAGAAGCACAGUGUUCAGGAUGAUUAUUCUGAAGUUAUCAAGUUGCACUUUCCAUUUAUUGGAAUCUCCUUAAUCAACUCAUCCCCUCAGGAAUUAGUUUUUGCAUGUGCAAGGGAGACUGUAAUUACUGUAAUGCAAAGUUUGGGUCAGCAAAAAGUUUCGUUUCAGAUCUUAACGCUGCAAAUUGAUAGCCAGUUUCCUGAUUCUCUAUAUCCUAUUAUUCUCUCAUUCGAUAAUGAACAUCGAGGAAGAUCUGCAAACUUUAUGAAAAAUAUGGAACAUACUCUGAGAAUGCAAAAUGAGAAUGCAAGUCCUACAUCUGAGAACACAAACGAAUCUGCACUCCAUUUCACUGCAGUGAAAUGGAGAAACACGGAUGCUUCACUGUUUUCUUUCAAAUAUAUACAUUUAAGAUUGUCCCCGUUGUGCAUCGAGCUUGAGGAACAAGUUCUUUUAAACCUGCUUGAUUUCUUUAGAGUUGUCUCCUUGAGGUUGCAAAGCAAAAACCUCCAGAACAACUUUGAAACGCGAACUGAAGCCUAUGGUAUUGGAGUUUCAAGACAAUUUCCUGCAAACCAUCGAGAUCAUAUGCACAUAGGCUACAACGUUUCUAGGCUUUCUAAGAUUACUGACACUGAUAAAAAGAAACUGCUACCUUCUGUAUUUCCAAUAGGAACCCCCUGGCAACAAAUUUAUCUUUCAGCUAAAAGGCAGAAAAAGAUGUACAUUGAAGUGCUUGAAUUGGCACCUAUCAAGUUGUCUUUAAGCUUUACAAGCACCCCGUGGAUGAUUAGAAAUGAAGUCCAGACUGGAGUUCAGAAUCUUCCUCAUAUCAGCAGUACUACAUUUCAGAGAAGUUUAAUGGCACUUGUUGAUGUUGAAGGAGUGCCAGUUCACCUGGGAGAACUGGUCUUGGGGCAUCUUAUGGCUAGCCGUGAAUCAAUAGAAGAGAUGGUUACUAAACAUUAUACACGUCAGUUGCUUCAUGAAAUGUACAAGGUAUUUGGUUCUGCAGGUGUCAUAGGAAAUCCUAUAGGCUUCGCGAGGAAUGUUGGGCUUGGCAUCAAGGACUUCCUUUCGGUUUCUAGCAAAGAGAUUGUGCAUAGCCCAAUUGGACUGUUAAAUGGUAUAGCACAAGGCUCCAAAAGUCUUCUCAGUAAUACAAUUUAUGCAAUAAGCAGCGCUACUACUCAGUUCACUAAAACUGCCCACAAGGGUAUAGUUGCACUUACAUUUGACGAGCAGACUGCUGCAGAAAUGGAUAUGCAGCUUAAGAGUGAAUCACAUGGCAGAGGCAUACUGAGCGAGUUCUUCGAGGGACUCACUGGACUACUGCAAUCCCCAAUCCGAGGUGCUGAAAAGCAUGGUCUACCUGGAGUUGUCUCAGGAAUAGCAAUGGGAACUGCUGGGCUAGUGGCCAGACCAAUGGCUAGCAUUCUUGAAGCCACUGGAAAAACUGCACAAAGCAUCAGAAAAAGGAGCAACCCUCAUCAAUCCAAACGCCUUAGGAUCCGGUUCCCGAGGCCUUUAGCAAGGGAACUCCCUCUGCUGCCAUAUUCAUGGGAAGAAGCCAUCGGAGUUUCAAUGCUCCUACAAGCAGAUGCGUCAAGGCUGAGGGAUGAGAUAUUUGUCAUGUGCAAAACUCUCAGGCACCCGGGAAAUUUCAUCAUCAUCACCGAGAGGCUAGUUUUUUCUGUUUGUUGUUCUUGCUUGGUGGAUUUGGACUCCCCAGAGUUUGUUGGUGUAGCUGCUGAUCCAGAGUGGGUGAUUGAAACGGAGAUGAGUCUCGAAAGCAUUGUGCAUAUUGAUAGAACAGGUGAUGCAUUAAAUAUCGUUGGGAGUAAUGCAGAAACGACUUCAAGGCAAAAGAAAGGUGGUAUGAAAGAGAGCAGAGCAUGGAAGACUCCCAUUUCUGCUCCUCUUUUCAAUGUGAGGGUAGAAUUUCGAAACCAGGAAGAAGCUGAAGAUGUGUUGCAGGUAUUGUUAUCUACAAUUGAUCAAAGUAAGGAGAGGAGGCGUAGUGGACAUUUAUUGCUUCGAAGUAAUCUCAGGUUUAACGGUUCGGUUAGUCAUUGAUUUCUGCAGUCUGGUGCUUGUAGGAUGUUACUAAUGAGUGGGUGCAAUAUUUUUCUUACUCAUUUUAAUGAGUGGGUGCAAUAUUUUUCUUACUCAUUUAAUGAGUGGGUGCAAUAUGUUUCUUCCCACUUUCAUGAGUAAAUGGUUGUAUAUGUACAUAGACGGCAAAUAGUAGUUCUGGGGAAAACUUUGGGCGUUCUUGAUCGCGUUUAGUUUU